AUUCAGCCUAAAGACGUUUAACAGGUAGCAACUAGCAAGAUCUGCAUCAUGAAACUGUUCAUCGUAUUAGCUAUGGUAGCUUUGUCUAGUGGUGACAAGCUAGACAAUACCUACCUACCUCCCUCCCACGCCCAAAGCUCUGGCGGUGGCAACUUCCUUGAUACACCAAAUUUUGGAUUAAGAUCUUCUGAUUCGGAAAAUUUCGGCCCAUCCAAUACCAACGGUCAAUACAAUGCUUAUGACAAUAGCCAAGCUGAUGUAAAUGGAGAUGUAAACAAUUACAAUACAUUUGGACGUCAAGAAAGAACUCAAGCGGCUUUUGAAAGAAAUGCUGCGAUUCUUCGUCAGGAUAACGUAAAUAAUGGAGACUCAUAUUCUUACGCAUUCGAAACUGAAAACGGAAUAACUGCUGAGGAAAAUGGUGUAGCCACGAACGGUGUGGAGGCUCAGGGAGGAUUUUCUUAUAUUGGUGAUGAUGGCGUUCAAUACAGCAUUAGGUACACCGCUGAUCAAAAUGGUUUCCGACCUGAAGGAGACCAUCUGCCUACACCACCACCAAUCCCAGCUGAAAUCUUAAAGGCUCUGGAACAAAAUGCGAGGGAUGAAGCCGCCGGGAUCUAUGAUGAUGGAUCAUACAGUGAAGGUAAAUACGAUAAUGACUUCCAACCCGAAGGCAACUACGGAAACUACAACGAUGGUUUAAAUGUUAAUACCAUCAAUAACAUUCCCAAAAACGAUGACGAUACCGUCGUUACCGACUCAGCUGCGUUCACAAACCCACAGAACGGUGUUCCAGAACAGGACUUCCAGAAUCCCUUGGUGACUGGAGCUAAGACUUACCUGCCUCCCAGGGCUGGUCGUAGAUACAGAUAUUGAAUAGACUGCAAAUGAUACGGAU